CACCUCGGCCCUUUUCUAUGCAUUCUGAAUAGUCUCCUUCGCUAUAUCUUUUUGACUUCUUCCUUCAUGGACCGUGUCCAUUGAACGAAGCCAUCAAAUGCCUAUCAAGAGUCUGAUCUGAGUGGCGUGCCUGUGCCCCAAUGCGGUCAUCUCUGCAAUUGCUCGCUGCCGUCUCGAAAGGCCAGCCUUCCAAGCUGCGGAAGCCUACUGUUAGCCUGGAACAGUUUAUCCAGAGACAGCGUGUUCUUGGUUUGUGGAGGGAGAUUAUGAGGGCGUUGUACAAGGUCCCUCCCUCGUCAACACGGGAUGAACUGCGUAGCUAUGCCCGUCAUGAAUUCGAGCGGAAUCGCAAUGUAACAGACCUGCAUCAUAUACGGUACCUGAUUUCGACGGGGAAGACAGAAUUUGAUACCAUGAAGAGAUAUAUCGACGAGCAGAUCGCCUCUUGACUGUGUGGACCCAUUAUGCGUGUAUAUAUCUUCCUCCCUGUGUCUGAUAUUCCCACACAUCAACCCAACCGGCAGGGUCUGAUAUAACGGAAACAAAAGAAGUAUCAAAAUUUCCAGAUCCGUGCCGUUUGUACCCGCAAACCCGGUGAUAUAUAUGUACACAAAUGAGAGAAUAAAAUGCAGC